AUGGCGGCGCAUCUUUUGUUCAAGUUAGGCCAGUUCAGAGAAAACGGAGAAUUCAUUGACGUUCGUCUGAAGGUGGAUGAGUCCAUCUUUCCUGCUCACCGCAAUGUUCUCGCUGCUAAUAGCGAUUAUUUCCAUGCAAUGUUCACCAAUGGAAUGAAGGAAUCGAACCAGGAAGUGAUUGAGCUUAAAGAUGAAAACCUUUCAGCACUGGGUUUUAAGGUUGUAAUGGAUUCCAUCUACAGUGGAGAGCUCUUCAUUGACAAGAAAAACGUUUUCGAAGUUCUCAUAACUGCCAACCAUCUCCAGAUGCCAAUCAUUGUGCGACAGUGUUGUGAUUUCUUGGACAAAGAAUACAUUCAAGGUUGCAUUGACAUCCAGACGUAUCUUCAUCUUCUUGCAUUUGCUGAUUUGCACGGUCUGAGAGACCUAAAGGAAGAUUUACAUCGUAAGAUGGCGUCGUUGUACGGGCAGGUCUGUGAAAGUGAAGGAUUCUUGUCCCAUAUUGACGCUGAUAGGUUACUGAAUCUUCUCAGCCGAGAUGAUCUCAAUGCUCCUUCAGAGACAUUUGUCUUCAAAUCUGUGAUGCAGUGGAUCAAACACAAAAAGAAAGAGAGGAUGACAGUCGCGGCUAAAGUUAUCGGAGCGGUUCGACUGGGGCUGGUCGACACCAAGGAUGUGGUUGAAGAACUAAACACAGAGGAGAUGCAGCGAGUGCCAGAGAUUCAAAUGCUUAUGUGUGAAAAACUGCUGCAUAGCAACAUGCCCUCGCCCAACUCAAAGUUUGCUGUUGAGAAAACAAGGCCACGUUCAAUGAUCCCGGUAGGUUCAUAGGAAAUUCAAAGAUUUAUAAUAAAAAGCUGUUGAUCUUGACUCGGUAUUUCUGAUAAGUAAUGAAUAUUUUGUGUAAGUGACUGGUUGAAACAAAUGACGUUAUCUAUGGUGCCUCUGUGCAAGCAUUGACAUGGUUCAUUUAUCCUCUACAUCUUUCUGCUGCGCUUCACGUAACUUAAUUAUCACACUGCCAGGCCGAUUCUGUUCCCUGAUAAAAAUGGGAUCAUUUUGCAACAUCAAAAGGCAGUCAAAGUACUGUUAAAGAAAGCUGUAACAUGACUUGUCUUUGUACAGGUAGCCCAACCUUACCAGUGAGAAUUGUAAGUUAUGACCUAUAAUAUAAUGCCUCUAUCAACUGAUUCCUCACUCUAGAGCUAAUUCUCUGUUCUAUCAUUUGUGUCCAGUGCUACUUAGUACUGAGAGCUUUAUUUUUACGUCUAUCGUAAACGGCAAUUCAAGUUUACAGUUCCUCAUAUUUGGCAAUGAAGUAACUCUUACGGAUUAAUCUGGCAUGAGGCUACUAAUUUUUGCAUGGAUAUGAUAAACACUAAACUGACAAGUAGAGGGCGGAAAAGUUCGCCCCUUGUUAGAAAUUACCGUUUGCCGUUUCUAGUAAACGUGAAUCUAAGCCGACUCGCUAAUAUAUCUAGUGUAAGAAUUAGGCUAUAAACUGGGCUCGGAGUUUCAUGUUGAAAUCAGCGGUUCUCUCUAGAUUUCGAAAUGAAUCUUCAGCAUUCAUGAAAUCCGCGAAGCAUGACUGAAAAGAAAAGAAUUUUGAGCGUCCAUCAUAAAUGUCAGACUGAAUAACUUUAUGCAAAAUUAUAGUCAAAGAGUACAUGUUAUCAAAAAUUUUUUGAUAACAUGUACUCUUUGACUAUCUAUAGCUAUUUGGCAUAAAAAGGGAAGGUAGUUUUAAACUCCUCAGUGCAAUUUCCUCAGACCAGGAGCCUCAGACACUCAUAAUUAAUGUCCAUUAUGCCGACGUUGUCAGGUAAACACUAUGAGAUCUAGGUGUUGUUACCGCGUAUAGUCGAGACAAGGGAUGAACAUAAAUUGUCCAUGUACGGAGCCCAGAAGGCAGAUCGGUGAACAGGCUCGGUUUACUUCACAGCCGGCAUCUCAACUUCACCACUCCCCGCGGUCAAUUUGCGCUUUCUAGCUCCUUCUCACCCUCCAUGGACCUCGAUGAAUAUCACACUUGAGAUCCUGUUCGCGGGCUGCGGAUUGAAGUUGGCCGAAAUCCACAGUACUUUACCGACAAAUUGAUCGCAUGUUUGGCUUAAUUAAAGCUGUCCAACUUUGAUCGGAGUUCGUGGGAUCUGUAACAGGAACGGAAGAAAACGCAUGCAAUGAUUACACUGGCUGUGAUCAAUAAAUUAUAUUAGACCGAGGGAGAAAUAGAUCUUUCAGUUUAUAACAACAAUUUUUUGUAAGAAGAAUGAGGCCCCCAAAUUAAGAACAACGUAAGAGGGGUGCAAACGUGGCUAGAUGUUCAUAAUCAUCCGUCUGGACGAAUAAUGCAUCCUCCAGUAUGAAAACGGCCACUAUGCAGCCUGCUGGAGCUGCGUUGCUAGAUCUUACUAUAUUCAUGUUCAUGCACUGUACACCGCAUGUAUCAGUAAAAUGUUGCAAAUUUAUGUUUUUGGAAUUUUUAAAGCAAAGUCAAAACGCCUCCGCCUUCCAUAUUAAGAUCUGUGAGGCUCCUGCCAAAUAGGAGAGUGUAAUUUCAGUAAGGUUUUUUGAUAAAUAGAUUUUUUAAAAAUAAAAACCGAGCCUGCAUCUAUUGGACCCUUAUAGGCCACUUGCACUAAGAGGUCACGUGACCAAUGCUUCCUUUUUAGAGUUGGAAUCCUGUUGAUGACAAAAAUUGACAGAGCACAUAAGAAGAAACGCAUUUAAGGGGGAUAUUUUAUGGCACUUUGUUUUUUCAACUUUGUUUUUUCGGCAUACUCUUGCCCUCCAAAAUGGCGUUCAAAACUACUUUUUGCUUAUAUCUUGUUAUUAUUCAUUCAAAAUAUUUUCCCGAUUCUGAUUUUCUAAAAGCACACGCAUAAUUCACCAUAACCAGUUACUAAUGACCAAAUUUGCAAGAAUUUUGUGUUUAGCGUGGAAAUGACGUCAAAAAUGCAGCGUUUUUGCAGGUUAAUGAACCGUUAACCGAGAAGAGCUGGGACGAGGUUGGGUUGUUUUGGUUGCGGAAACAAAAAUGGCGGACAUUUCACUCGUUUCAAGAGUAAGAACUAGGCGAAAUAAUAGCUAAAAACAUGGCAAGAACAACAAGAAGACAACUCGAAGGGUGACAUCUGCUAUUUGGAUAAUAUCUGCGGAGCUGAACAACCCUAAACGUGCACUAUCGAAGAUGAACUUAACAUUGAUGGAUCGAUGGAGGUAAGCAUGUUUUAGCUAUGUUUUUAAGCUAGGAAUUAUUUUGAAUGAAUAAUAAAACAGUUAUCUUCAUAAGAUUCAUAAGAUCUUCAUAAGAUACUCAGCCUCAUUCAUUAAUUGUUAAUUAAACGUUUGAUAGUUACGCUCAGGUGUGCUGUAACGUUACCACAUCAUCUUAUUCAACAUUUUCCUUGAAGUUUAAGUGCAAAAUUUGUGUUCAGAAGGAGGUUAUUCCAGCUACCUACUUACUCAUUGUAGUAAAUGGCGCGGGUUUGAAAAACCAAAUCACUAAUUUUUUGUUUAAGAUAUGACCCACUAAUCGUUUUUUGAAGGCAAAAUAAUAUAACUUUCGUUUUCAUAAAAACGAUCUCACAUGAUCACUUGGUGCAAAUGGCCUAUUGGGUCUUCCUUUUUAGCUGACUAUAAUAAAUUUGUUGUAGUCAAUUUUUUAUCUCAGGUAAUUUUUAUUUUUCCUUGGUUUCAAUUUCAUUAGCAUACAUUAUCACACCCAAAAACAAAAGAAAAACAAAAAUUACCUGAGAUAAAAAAUUAACUACAACAUAUACAAAGCCUGUAAUUCCGGGAGAACGACUCUGAAGACAUUUACCAUUUUCAAAAAUAAAUGAGCAAGCGUCUCUCAUCAGCCGAGUUCAAGUUAACGUGUUUUGAAAUUUCGCACGUUUCGCGUUUGGCCUUCAUCAGUUUAAAGCUAUUAUUUUACUUUCUGUUCUAUUUCAGGUACUUGUUGUAAUUUUCCCUGGUCAGUCUACCCCGCAGAAGAGAGAAGAUUCCGUUGCCACUGAAAUGCAGUAUUUUGAUGCCGAAACAAAAUCAUGGAAACCGUUUCUGUCCAUGGCACGACUGGUUCAUGCAACUGAAUGCAUUUGCGCAAAAGUUGUGGGCAAUUACUUGUAUGCAGUUGUAACAGAGAAGGGUAGUUAUUCUCACAUUAUGUAUCGCUAUCACACUGUUAGAAAUGUGUGGGAAAGACUUCCACAUUUCCAGAACAACUACUCCAGGGUAGACUGUAUGAAUUCAGUCAAUGAAAAUAUAUUUGUAUUUAGUGACUAUGGUCUGCUUCAGAGAUAUAGUUUGGCUCAGAAUGAUUGGCAAUAUGGUUCCAAGUUGCCUUUUUUAAACAAAACAGACAAUGACCAAGGAAAAUUAGUAACUGUGACGGCCGUGAGUAUGAGAUCUAAAAUAUACGUUCUUCAUGGAUUUUACAAAGAGGAAAAGACCAAAGACCGCGGCAUGCAGUCGUAAAGAUCCAAAACCGGCCGUUGUUCACUGUUUUGACCCUCUGAAAAAUGUAUGGAAGAAGAAGGCUUCAACUAUACAUCCUCACUUUAAUUCCAGUCUGUUUGUAGACAAUAACAAGCUUUAUGUGGUUGGUGGACGGGUUACUGUUCCUAAUGAAGGUUCUUCACGAGGUCGCUCUGCUCCUGUCGAAGUUUAUAAUGAGCAAACGGACUCGUGGUACGUUGUUGAGCAAAACCGCAUUCCUCCAAACACCCUUGGUGCAGUAGAACUGUUGGGAGGUAAGGUUUAUUUCAUCAUCAACAAAUUUCCAGUUGACAGUGGUAUUAGAAUACCACCAAAUGAAGUGUAUAAAAUAUCUUUGCGGGAGUGGGAAAAUUCACUGGAAAAAAUUGAUCGUACCGCAGCCUUGUGUUACCUAUCAGUAAAGAAAGAGAUGUUAAGCACGGUGCAGGCUGAAGCGUAGGGCCCGCGGUAAGAAGAAACCUCAAAUCGAAUAAGGUUUUUCUAAAUAGGUGCGCCUGAAUUCUUCUUUUUAAGGUCCUUGAAAAUAUUCUUCAACUCAAAUCCAGCUAAGCAAAUUCAAAUCGCCACUUUUAAAAAGCAAUCGGACGAGGCCAUUUAGGUAAAUAAGAAUCAUCAGGAACGGCGACCCCACUUUUUUAGAGGAUUUUUUUUGUUCUCGUAUGAGCUACGCACCAAGAGUAAAGAAGAAGAAAGGAAAGAGAAAAAGGUCCGGUUUACCACAGAUGAAGCUGGAUUACCUGUAGUGUGAUCGAGCCGGAGACAGGCACGAGGGAAUCGAACAGGGCAUGGGUAUGUGCUUUAGUCGGGUAUCGUUCUACAACGUUUUUAGAUCGAUGGAUAACUUCGCCGCUUCAUUUAGGCCAGUUAAUGAAGAGGUUUUACCACAAAAAUAAUCAGUAGAUAAAACCUGCAGGAAACAUUUCGUGUUUAUGCGUUUUAAAGAUUUUCCCAUGAGCCUGUGCUUCCUCCCCACUUCCCACACACGGAAGGCUUGUAUAAAAAGUAGGGCAGUGCAGGCUAAGGGCGGCGGGAUGUAUGGAGGGCCGAGAAAUAUGUAUCAAGUGUACAAAUUCCCUCCAUGAUAUUGCUGUAAGCAUAUGAAGUGCCUGUCAUUUUACAGUUUAUCCAGGUCAGGUUGAGUUUUUUUAAAAGAUAUGUCUCAUGGAGAAUGUUGUUGAAGACACGAUUUCUGAGCCUCUAGAUUUCAAAAUUAUCUGUGGGAGGAUACCCCCAGACCCCAAUUCAAACUUGCGCCUUCGGCGCUCGUUUUCAAGCCCCACUGAGUUGAAAAUACGCUGCGCCGUCCCUGAUCAUUCUUGAUGAGGGAGGCGGCGCCUUUUCAGGUUGCGCUUGAUAUUAACUCUACAAUUUCAGUUUCAGCCUCCCUGCUUAUCCAAUUUGUCCUAGAUGUGGCAAUCGUUUCAGUUUGGUGUACAUAUUGAUCAAAAUGCUGAAUUGAAUUAAUCUUUCGUACUACACCUUGCGUUCACCCUUGUAUUAAGACUACCUUUUGUCCGGUCCGAACAGUCUGGCAUUCCUCUAUUUUUCAACAACUUUGUCUACACAACUGAUCCGUUUAUUUUCUGUACCAACGACCACUUGUCGUUAUCCUCUUCCCUCGAGACAAGACAUAUUAGCAAGCAUGUGCUCUCGUGAUUGUCGGGCAACUGAAAGAAACUAAAUUGAAUGACCCAGUGGGCUGCUGUAGAAGCUCCCUAGUUUAUAAACCGUUCGAUAUAAGCAAGAUUUGGCACACUCAUUAAUAUUCUCUGUCACUAAAUUCUAAGUGCUAGAAAAGUACCGUUUCUCCUCCAUAAAGUUUUUAGAGAAUGAUUUAAAAACGUAUAUGCUGCUGAGCUGGACUCGGGUAAGGGAAACGUUCGGCGAGGGUACUUUGUAAAUAAUUUACCUACCUUUUCGAGAUUUAUUGAGGCUUAGUAUUUUCAACUAAAUACUGUUUAAAUAUCGCUGUUAAAUAGUUGAUGUAUAGCUAUCGCGCAUUAGUCAACCGGUCGACUUAAAGCGGUUGACUGUCAAGAGGCAAGGUCAGUUCAGAAAGGAUCGUCAUUAUUUAACAUUAAAACAAUAAUAAUAAUAAUUCAUACAGGUAUUUUUCUUUACUGCUUUAUAUUGUUUCUCUGAGAAGUAAAUCAGAUAAGGGACACCUUGACGGUACUUCGUCCAAUAUCCAGGCAACUCAAAAAUGGGUGCUGCUCCUCCUUUUCUUUAAACCGCAUCAUGAUCGCGAGUUUGCGCUGUGUGGAUAUCGGAUGAAACACUGCAUCCCGCGUUAGAUUUAUUUUCACUCUGCUCAGUUAAAGUCAAACUAGUGAAACACGGACUUAAUAAAUUGUAACAGAUGGUGCAUGCAUCCCCCAUCCCCACCAGCCCACUCCAGGCAUACGGUUUGGAGACACUCCAUAUAGUAAUUAUACUAUAACUCAGUAUAAAUGAUAAUCAUCGAUCGAAACGUUACUAAUGUCAUGGGGAACCCACGCUCUUAU